CUUUUAGGUUACUGCCGUCUCCAAUAUUGCAUUCUCCAUCACCGGACUCCUCGCACACUGUCCUUUGCUCUAUCUACUUAUAAAUUUACUGCGCAGACGCUUUUCGCGUUGGUUUACUCUUCAAUUGGGCAUUUCAGUAAUUCAAUUUCGCCAGGGAGACCGAUUGUGUAGCGUGCAAUGGGUGAAAAUGGGAAGCGCCUUCGUUCUCAUCGUGAUGACGGGGAUAGCAAGAACCAAAAGAGGCGAGUGGAUAGAGAAAGCGAUAGAGAUGAGAAGGGUAAUGAUGAACUGAUAGUGUAUAGGAUUCUUUGCCCAGACAGUGUUAUUGGGAGCGUGAUUGGAAAGAGUGGAAAAGUAAUUAACUCGAUCCGGCAGGAGACAAGAGCAAAGGUCAAGGUGCUGGACCCAUUUCCUGGUGCUAGAGAUAGAGUUAUCAUGAUUUAUUGCUAUGUUAGAGAGAAGGAGGACGUUGAAGUUGAUGAUGAAUUCAACAAUAAGGAACCUCUCUGUCCUGCUCAGUAUGCGCUCCUCAAGAUGCACGAGGCAAUUGCAAAUGCGGUGGCUAUGGUAGGGGAUUUUGACAGGAAGAAUAACUACAAAAAUAUAGAGGAGUGUAAGAUUCUUGUUCCAUCUAGCCAGUCUGCUAAUAUUAUUGGGAAAUCCGGUUCCACCAUUAAGAAGUUGAGAAACAAGACGAGGACAAACAUCAAGAUCACUUCCAAGGAUGCUAGUGACCCAUCUCAUUCAUGUGCAUUGGAGUUUGACAAUUUUGUCCUGAUAUCUGGUGACUCAGAGGCAGUGAAGAAAGCAGUUUUUGCCAUUUCUGCUAUCAUGUACAAGUUUUCACCGAAGGAAGAUAUUCCUCUUGAUGUUUCUAUCCCGGAAACCCCUCCGAGCAUAAUCAUACCGUCAGAUGUUCCCAUAUAUCCUGCAACUGGAUUUUAUCAAAGUGUAGAUCCUAUUAUUCCAUCUAGAUCUGUUCCUUCUAUUUUAGGUCCUGCAGACGCACCGUACAUACCCAGUCGUGCUGAUGCUGGGAACACGUGGUCAGUUUAUUCAUCCACUCUUCCUAUGGUGUCUGGUUAUGGUGGUAUGUCUCGAUCAGAGGAGUUGACUGUAAAAGUGCUGUGUCCAUCAAAUAAAAUUGGCCGUGUUAUUGGCAAAGGAGGAAGUUCCAUCAAACGUAUAAGGCAGGACAGCGGUGCCCAUAUUGAGGUUGAGGACCCAAAGGCCAACUACAAUGAGUGUGUUAUCAGCAUUAUCUCAACAGAGUCAUUGGAUGAUCUGAAGUCCACAGCUGUCGAAGCUGUGUUAUUGCUGCAAGGAAAGAUAAAUGAUGAAGAUGAUGAUACGGUAACUUUGCGGCUUCUUGUUCCGUCUAAGGUUAUUGGAUAUAUAAUCGGGAAAAGUGGUUCAAUCAUAAAUGAAAUCAGGAAGAGAACUAAAGCUGAUAUACAAAUCUCCAAGGGCGAGAAGCCUAAAUGUGCAGAUGCAAAUGAUGAACUUGUUGAGAUUGUUGGAGAAGUUGUUAGUUUGAGAGAUGCACUUAUUCAGAUUGUCUUGAGGCUCCGAGAUGAUGUGUUAAAAGACAAAGAAGGUGGCCACAUUUCUUCUGGUGGUGCUGGUUUCUCGGUGCCCUCAGUUUUGCCUAGUAUUCGUCCAGCUGCUCCUAUGGCUUAUGAGCACAGUGCCGAAACUGAGAGUGGAGUGGGCCUGCUUUCUUCCAGAACCUAUGGGUCUCUGCUGACUGGAGAUAGUGGCUAUGGAUCAUUUUCCUCUCAUUCAUCGUCAUUGUAUGGAAGAUUGCCUCCACCUUCAACUGUGGAAAUGGUUGUACCUGCAUAUGCAGUUGGUAAAGUCAUGGGCAAAGGUGGCAUGAAUAUUGAGAAUAUGCGUAAGAUAUCUGGUGCAGCAAUAGAGAUUUCAGAUUCCAAAUCUUCCAGAGGUGAUCGCGUGGCUUUAAUAUCUGGCACAGCUGAGGAGAAGCGUGCAGCUGAAAACUUGAUUCAAGCAUUCAUAAUGGCCGCUUAAAUUAUGACGAUACUUUUGUUCCCAUAUAGAUGAAAAUUCUGGUUCAUUGUUGGGGUUCUUCCUUCAAUCGUUUCUCCUCUCAAGCUUCUUUAGGUCAAGGUCAUAGGCUUCCGAUUGACUCACUUCUCUUCCAUAGGAAAUCUUAUAAAGAUGUUGCUGGAAGUUUAGUAGCGUGUUCUGUUUUCAAGCGGCAUAGUUUCUACCAAUGUUGCCUGAUAUGAUCUACUCACCUAUGGCAGAUGUUCAUAGGAUGCUUUCUUUCCUUUUUGUGUUUAUCGAGCCUUUGUGCAUCUUACUUCUGAUACUGCUUUUCUCAUGAAUUUGAUGUUGAGUUGAUUGUCAAACUCAUAAUACAUGGAUCCUUCAGUUUUUACCCCUUCCUUCCUCUCAGGGUCUUCGUGUCUUUUUGAUGUAAUGUGAUUGAUCCAGGUAUCUUCCUCAUGUGCCCCCAGUGCUGCUCAUAUGCAUAGAUAUAAGUGCAGAACAACUCUCUCCUGGUGAAAUGCAGGUUUUAUGAGGCUUUAUCUCGUCCCAAUCUGAAUGCUCUUGCUUGAUUUUGUACAAGUAUCUAAUGCUUGCUAAGCUAUGAGACUGAUUUCUGAUAAUGCCUAAUUUCAACUGCUUGUCUGGAUUCCUUCUUGGCAUGCACUACUUAAUCUACAAGUAUGUCCCUAUUAUUUAUUUCUUUCUUUCUUUCCAUCAGAAACAUAUGCGCAUGAUUUCCCUUGCUAAGAAUUGUACUCCAAGUCAUCAGAAGUUCUAUUCAUGUCUGAUUCAGCCUUUUAGGAAUUAGAAUGCAUAAAAUUCUGCUUGUUAUCUUAUCCCAGCAUAUUUUCUGAGGAAUCUUACGAAGUCUUCAAUUCAGCAUAUGCUUACCAUUUGCACUUCCAAAAAUACUGCUAAAUCAGACUGUUAGGGUUCCCAUGUGGAUUAUACAUAGAAUCAGGUAUGUUCACUGCCACCUCAUUUUCUUUUGGUCUGUCCGAUUUUUAUUUUGUUGUACUUCAGCAAGAUAUAAAUUACUACAGUUCAUUU